UAAAGCUGCUGACGCUCCACACACUGAAUCUUCACUCACAGACUCAAUGGCUUCCAGAUCAGAGGACGAUCUCUGCUGUCCGGUGUGUCAGGAGGUCUUCAGAGAUCCUGUUAUUCUGUCAUGUAGCCACAGAGACUCAGAAAAACACACCAACCACAGUUUCAGACCCAUUGAUGAAGCUGCACAACAACACAAGAAGGAACUUCAGGAAACUCUGGAGUCCUUAAAGAAGAAGUUGAUGGUUUGUGCAGAACUUCAAGUGAAGUUUGAUCAAAUAACAAAACACAUUAAUGUCCAGGCCCGACACACAGAGACUCGGAUUAAGGAGAAGUUUAAGAAGUUUCGCCAGUUUCUAGCAGAGGAAGAGGAGGACAGGCUGGCUGCACUGAGGGAGGAAGAGGAGCAGAAGAGUGGGAUGAUGAAGGAGAAGAUGGAGUCCCUGAGCAGACGCAUAGCUGCUCUUUCAGACACAGUCAGAGCCACAGAGGAGGAGCUGAGAGGUGAAGACAUCUCAUUCCUGAACAACUACAAGGCUGCAGUGGAAAGAGUCCAGCACUGCCCCCUGCUGGAUGAUCCACAGCUGCCCUCAGGAGCUCUGUUAAACCAGGCCAAACACCUGGCCAAUCUGACCUUCAACAUCUGGAACAACAUGAAGGACAUGGUCUCCUACACUCCUAUCAUUCUGGACCCAAACAAUGCUCAUCCAGAACUCAUCCUCUCUGAGGAUCUGACCAGUGUGAGACGAGGAGAUGAACAACAGCUUCCUGAUAAUCCAGAGAGGUUUGAUCGGUUCUACUCCGUCCUGGGCUCUGAAGGCUUUGACUCUGGGACUCACAGCUGGGAUGUCGAGGUUGGACAGAGUACAUGGUGGAACCUGGGUGUGUUUGCAGAGUCUGUGCAGAGGAAGGGAGACAGAUUGUCUGGAUUAUGGAGAAUAAGGUUCUAUGAAGACACUGCUCUCCCAGUACAGAAGAAGUUUCAGAGGAUCAGAGUGAAUCUGAACUGCAACAGAGGAAAGCUGUCGUUCUCUGAUCCUGAUACUAACACACACAUACACACCUUCACACACACUUUCACUGACAGAAUGUUUCCAUUCAUUAACACUGUGGUUGGUAAAUUGAAGGUUCUGCUGUAG